GUAUUUAAUGAUAAUGAAAAAUAUGAAAAACACAUCAAAUUAAAACAUUAUACCUGUGAAGAACAUGAAUGUACAACAACAUUAGUAUCAAAUUAUAAUAAACAUAUGAAUACACAUAUCAAUUAUAAGAAAUUUCCAU